AUGAUUUCUGAAGUAGAAAGGACGAAGGAGCCAACAAAGGUAGCGAAUAAAUUUAAAAUUAAAGAACAAAGCUUACUGAAUUGGACAAAACAAUAUUAUCAGACUGGGAAUGUAAAAUCAAGCUUAACACACAACACUGCACCUUCUGAGUUGUUGCUAAAAGCUGUGGAAGAGCUAGAAGAAGAGGAUAAGCUGCCAGAAGUGUGUGAUUAA